GCUCAGCUAUUUUUUCGAGUGACUGUACAGCUGCUAUAAAGACACAACUUCAAUGAAAUUUUACUUGAACAAACUGCUCUCUAGAGGGCGUGGAUAUAGAGUAGAGCUAGUUACCAGUGAUGUCAAAGUUUACCGUGACUUCCGUUUGGUGAAGUGAUUGAUCUUUCUACCGUCUUUUUCUAUGACCAAUACUCUCAUGGCAAAUAGCACGUUUAGAUUUCUUGAAACUUGCUGCAGAAUUUAAUUCUUGUAAGCAAAAACCAAUUUGUUUUACAUCGUCACAUUUCUAUAUAAAUGUUUCCUUACUGAUACACUCGCUUACUUUGAUCAAAGUAUUUUGACAAAUAAACAAAGUAUUUUGAUAAACGCCAACAGAUCUUCAAGGCGCAUGCCUGAGUGUUAUUCUGGAGUCAGGGUCUGACGAAACUAAUCACUCUCUCGCAAGCUGGUCUCGAACUAAAGAGGACUCUUUAAAAAUUGCCUGUUACAACCAAUUUACUCUUAUCACUUUUCAUAAAUUGAAUACUUGUUCAACAUGUUACUUUACCGUUGGCCAAAGAAAGCUAUCAUUGUCAUCGUAAUCAUAUUAUCUUUAAUGAUUGGAGUGAAAUUUUUAAGGCAUAAAAUACUUGGAGUUGUUUCUUUUAUUCAUGGUCUGCAUCCCGUGUCUUUACCCACACUUGUUGCUAUCAAGAAACAAUCUGAAAGAACAACAGUGGAUUUUGCACCUUUAUUUAGUCACUUAUAUUCCUGUCCUGUUUGCUUUGGAUAUGGAAUUUGUAAUCAAGUAAUGAAAAGCUCCAUUCUCUUUCAUGGUGAACUAGUCAUGCCUUAUAAUAAUAGAAUAGUUUGGAAAAAGGGUGUUUUACACACACAAAGAGUACUCAUAAGCUCUCUGGUUGCUGAAGAGUGGAAUAGAUUUGAUGAAUUUAUUUGUAGAAAUGCAAGUUAUUCUGUUCCUUGUGACAUACCGGCUGCAAUCUGGAAGACCUCAUUGGCUCUUGAUAAUUUAUUAAAGCCUGAUAAUUUUAAAAAUCUCAAUAUAUUAUUGGAUAUACCUUUUAAUCAAUUUGCCCUUCCUGUAUGCUCAAGUAAAAAACUUCUGAAAGAAAUCAAAAAAAGUUUUGAUGAAAACUUUGAUGGUCAUAUUAGUAGAGAGGAAAGAAUUCAACUUCUUACGAGUCUUAUAAUGCAGCCAGGAUAUGUUGUGAUGAAGUUACAAGCUAAAACAAAAAUGACUAUGCCAAUUCCAAAUUUGCUUGGUGCUUGUGGACGUUCAGUUGUGCUGGAAGGAGGACUGAAGCCCCUAAAAUCUUUCCUUUCGGAGUCAUUUGAUACAAGGGCUGGUUUAGCUAUUCAGGUUUUGCAGCUUGUACAGGAUUUUGAGGAAGAAGAUCCACAGUGGUAUUUUUUAUUAGUAGAUUUUUCGCUUGAUGGAAUUGUUGUAACUAAAGAUGGAGAAGUUGUUGUGAUUGACUUGGACAAUCUUGUUGUUUUAGAUAAGGCUACAUUUUUGCCAGGCUCAUCUGUUUCAGAUACAGCAUUGUGUAAUGAAGUGUGCUUUCAAAAAAUUACUAUUGAAAUGUUUUAUGAGCCUAGCAAUUCAUCAUCAUGCAGUCACAUAUCAAAAUAUGGCCAGUUAAUGUAUGCUUUAGUUUGCAAAGAUGUUUUAUCAAAUAUUGAAGAUCAUAAAAGUGAGGGUUUCUUUAAUUUUGAUGGUCAUCGUGUUCAUAAAAGGAAAAAACACCCAGGACUUUUACAUAAAAUCCCUUUAGUAAUAGAGGAUUCAGUGGAGAGUUUACUACGAGAAUGUGUGCAAGAAACCAAGCCAAAUGGAAGAUUGAAAGCUGUUACGCAGUUACGAGAUCUUUUAGAAAACUAUGUGAAUGUAAAUAAUUUUGAAAGCCAUGUUUUUUCCAAGAAUACUUUUAAAUUUUCAAAAAAAGUGUAGAUUUGUUAAGAUUUGAUACAUAUUAUUAAAAUUUGAAAACUCCUGUUUUUAAUUUAAAUUUAGAACAGGAACCAAAUCUUGUACAUAUAUAGCAUUUUCUAUUUUUUUUUAUUUCUUUGUGUUGAGAUUUAUUCUGUUGUAAAUUCUUUGAAAAUGUAUAUGUACUGAAAGUUUUAAAGAAUAAAU